CAGCACCUCGGUCUCGGCAUGCACCUCGCUUAUCUCAUCCUCACCGUCCUCCUGGGCCAGCUCCUGGGCACCACGGGGCAGGACACGGUCACCCAGGAAGAUGGACCAGUCUUGGUGAAGCAGGGACACCCCUUCCACACCACCUGCAAAUACCACACCAGUGAUUUUAAUGCCUUGCUGUGGUACCAGCUGAGGAAAGGCAGAGCCCCAGAGCUGAUCUCCUAUCAAGCAGGGACUGGCCACAAGCCCAGUGGCCGUUUCACCACGAACCUCAACACCACAAGCAAAUCCAGUGUCCUGCAGCUGGAGGAAGUGGAGCUCUCUGACACUGCCUUGUACCUCUGUGCUGUGCAAGACACCCUGGUCAACUACGCUGUGACGACAGAUAAGCUUAUAUUUGGACCAGGGACAACUCUCACAGUUGAACCAAGCAUUUCAAAAACUUCUGAUCCCAAAGUCAUUGUGAUGAAAUCAAAGAAACUGGAAGGAGGUGGCAGCUCUGGGAAAGCAGCUUGUUUGGCAAGGAACUUCGCUACAAAGAACAUCAGCUUGGAGAUGCCCUCUCAGGAGGUGGUCUAUGAACAGAGCCCAUCCAUUCUGACGUCACAGGGGUUGUACAAUGCAAUUAAAGUGGUCAGGGUGACAAAAGACACAGAGGUGACCUGCACGGCCAAAUUCGGCAACCGCACCAUAACAGCAAAGCCAGAAGAGGAGGCUGAAGAACCAGGAAUAGAGACCACUGACAGGGUUUGCAACCACACAAAUGCCUCAGCACAAGAUGCUGGAGGGCAGAGAGGGAACAUGCUGUCCAUGGCUGUGUUGGGGUUGAGAGUCCUGCUGGCAAAGAGCAUCGCCUUCAAUGCCCUCAUGAGCAUCAAGUUGUUUCUUUUCUGAGACAUGGGCAAUGAACCCAAAGAAGAGCAGCAAAGAGCGUGAACCAGCAGCACAAGGGGUUGAACCAGCAGGGCCAGAGCUGCUGACAGAGACCAGCCAGGACACAAGGCAGCACCUUCCCCUGCAGACAUGCAACACUCUUCACUCCUGCCUGGCCAGCUGAUUUACACUGAAGAGUUUUAAGUGCUUUUGCUCUUUCCUCUCCUCUGACAACUGAGCACAGUGGAUUUAUCCUCAUCCUCCUGCUAAGGAGAUCCCUCCCACUCUUCUGGCAUUUGCACACCAGUGUCCAACCUGCUUCAGUAGCUUUGAAAACUCCAGUGCUCACUGCUGAGAGAUGCCUUUGAGAAGCACCUUUCCCAGGCACGUUGUGUUACUGCCUGAGGAACUGGAGUAGCACUGCUGGGGGAAUUCCAGCCCACAAGCUGCCUUUUGUUGCUUAGGGUUUAGGACGAUUUACUAAGUGUGUAUUGCAGAUAAGAAGAGCUCUGUAGAAUCUGAUUUUAUUCAACUAGAUAAUGUUCACUUCUUGAUUAAGCCUGUCUUUCUUCUGCCAAAUGUAUUGCAUGUGCAUUUUAGGUUUAUGCAGUAGGGACAAAAAUAAAGUUCUG